AGGGCUGGAGGAGGCACAAAGAAGUCGCUGGGUGCAGAAGGGAGGGGAGAGGGGGAGCUGAGAGGCGAGAGGAGGAGGAAGAGGAGAGAGAGCAGCGGCGCGCGGUGUCUCCGGCGACUCAGUCCGACCGCGGCGAGCAAGCGGGCAGGCGCACCGCCCCCUCCCCCGCCCGGCCUCCCCAACUCUGCGGCCGCGAGCAAAGUUUGCAGAGAGGCGCGGGAGGCGGCAGCUGCAGCGAGGAGGCGGCGGGGAAGGAGCGCAGUCUCCGGGUUGGGGCGGGGGCGGGGGGGCGCCAAGGAGCCGGGUGGGGGGCGGCGGCCAGCAUGCGGCCCCGCAGCGCCCUGCCCCGCCUGCUGCUGCCGCUGCUGCUGCUGCCCGCCGCCGGGCCGGCCCAGUUCCACGGGGAGAAGGGCAUCUCCAUCCCGGACCACGGCUUCUGCCAGCCCAUCUCCAUCCCGCUGUGCACGGACAUCGCCUACAACCAGACCAUCAUGCCCAACCUUCUGGGCCACACGAACCAGGAGGACGCAGGCCUGGAGGUGCACCAGUUCUAUCCGCUGGUGAAGGUGCAGUGCUCGCCUGAACUGCGCUUCUUCCUGUGCUCCAUGUACGCACCCGUGUGCACCGUGCUGGAACAGGCCAUCCCGCCGUGCCGCUCUAUCUGUGAGCGCGCGCGCCAGGGCUGCGAAGCGCUCAUGAACAAAUUCGGUUUUCAGUGGCCCGAGCGCCUGCGCUGCGAGCACUUCCCGCGUCACGGCGCCGAGCAGAUCUGCGUGGGCCAGAACCACUCCGAGGACGGAGCGCCCGCGCUACUCACCACUGCGCCGCCGCCGGGACUGCAGCCGGGUGCCGGGGGCACCCCGGGUGGUCCGGGCGGCGGCGGUGCUCCCCCGCGCUACGCCACGCUGGAGCACCCCUUCCACUGCCCGCGCGUCCUCAAGGUGCCAUCCUAUCUCAGCUACAAGUUUCUGGGCGAGCGUGAUUGUGCUGCGCCCUGCGAACCCGCGCGGCCCGAUGGUUCCAUGUUCUUCUCACAGGAGGAGACACGUUUCGCGCGCCUCUGGAUCCUCACCUGGUCGGUGUUGUGCUGCGCCUCCACCUUCUUCACUGUCACCACGUACUUGGUAGACAUGCAGCGCUUCCGCUACCCAGAGCGGCCUAUCAUUUUUCUGUCGGGCUGCUACACCAUGGUGUCGGUGGCCUACAUCGCCGGCUUCGUGCUCCAGGAGCGCGUAGUGUGCAACGAGCGCUUCUCCGAGGACGGUUACCGCACGGUGGUGCAGGGCACCAAGAAGGAGGGCUGCACCAUCCUCUUCAUGAUGCUCUACUUCUUCAGCAUGGCCAGCUCCAUCUGGUGGGUCAUCCUGUCGCUCACCUGGUUCCUGGCAGCCGGCAUGAAGUGGGGCCACGAGGCCAUCGAGGCCAACUCUCAGUACUUCCACCUGGCCGCCUGGGCCGUGCCGGCCGUCAAGACCAUCACCAUCCUGGCCAUGGGCCAGAUCGACGGCGACCUGCUGAGCGGCGUGUGCUUCGUGGGCCUCAACAGCCUGGACCCGCUGCGGGGCUUUGUGCUAGCGCCGCUCUUCGUGUACCUGUUCAUUGGCACGUCCUUCCUCCUGGCCGGCUUCGUGUCGCUCUUCCGCAUCCGCACCAUCAUGAAGCACGACGGCACCAAGACCGAAAAGCUGGAGCGGCUCAUGGUGCGCAUCGGCGUCUUCUCCGUGCUCUACACAGUGCCCGCCACCAUCGUCAUCGCUUGCUACUUCUACGAGCAGGCCUUCCGCGAGCACUGGGAGCGCUCGUGGGUGAGCCAGCACUGCAAGAGCCUGGCCAUCCCGUGCCCGGCGCACUACACGCCGCGCAUGUCGCCCGACUUCACGGUCUACAUGAUCAAAUACCUCAUGACGCUCAUCGUGGGCAUCACGUCGGGCUUCUGGAUCUGGUCGGGCAAGACGCUGCACUCGUGGAGGAAGUUCUACACUCGCCUCACCAACAGCCGGCACGGUGAGACCACCGUGUGAGGGGCGCCCCCAGGCCGGAACCGCGCGGCGCGGCCCUCCGCCCGGGGUGGGGCCCCUACAGACUCCGUAUUUUAUUUUUUUAAAUAAAAAACGAUCGAAACCAUUUCACUUUUAGGUUGCUUUUUAAAAGAGAACUCUCUGCCCAACACCCCCACAAGGUUUGUAAUUAAAACUGUAAAUAGUAUUUGUAAAUUUAAUUAUAUAUAUUUUCUAUUUAAAAGAAAAAAG